AUGCUUCCCCUUGCUUUUUCUCUUCCAUCUCAUUCCCCUCAUUCUUUUCCUCUUUUAUUUUCUCUCUCUUUUCCUGCUCCAUUUUAUUCUCCCUGUUUCUUUCAUUCUCCCAUUAUAUUUUUCUCUGACGCUUUAAUCUCCCUCUAUUCCUCUCGCAUUUUAGUCUCCCACUUUUUAUUCUCUCUCAUUCUUUUUCUCUACCAUUUUAGUCUCACUCUUACUUUUCCUCUUCCAUUUUUAUACACGCUCUUUUUCUCUUCCUACUUUCAUUUCCUCUUCCAUUUUAUUCUCUCUUUAUUUUCCACUUACAAUUUAUUCUCUCUUUAUCUUUUUCUCUUCCAUUUUCUUCUCCCUCUUUCUUUUACUCAUUCAUUUAUUUCUCCCUCAUUGUUUUCUCUUCCAUUACAUUCUCCUUCUGUCUUCAAAUCUUUCAUUUUUAUCCCUCCUUUUUUUCAUUUUUUAUUUUAUUCUCCUACUUUCUUUUUUGCUCCAAUUUUAUUCUCCCACAUAUUUUUCCAUUUAUUCACUCGCAUUCAUCCUCUUCCAAUUUUAUUCUCCUCUUUCUUUUUCUCUUCCAUUUUAUUUAAAACGAUUCUCAUUCUCUCUCAUUUUAUUCUCCGUCUCUCUUUCCGUUUCUAUAUUAUUCAUGUUCUUCCUUUUCCUCUUACAUUUUAUUCUCGUUUCUGUCUUUCUCGCUUCCAUUUUAUUCCCUCUUAUUAUACGCUCUUCCAUUUCUUUUCUCUCUCUAAUUUGAAUCUUCCUCUUAUUUUCUUCUAA